CUUUGCGUCCACAAAAAAGCAGCACAGCACCAGACUUGAUGAAAUCCAACUAUGUGGCUGAGUGUCUUCUUCACCUUCGUCUUCAGCUUCUCUGGCUGUCAGCUGGCGUCAGUCUUUCUGGAUCCAGAUCGAGCCCAUGGCGUCCUGAUCCGGACUCGGAGGUAUAACUCGGGCUGGCUGGAGGAGCUGCAGAUGGGAGAUCUUAAGAGGGAGUGUCUGGAGGAGAAAUGCUCCUAUGAGGAGGCGCGGGAGGUGUUCGAACACACGGAGGCUACGGAUGAAUUCUGGAAAACAUACAACCUCCCAGACAGCUGCAAGUCGAACCCCUGUCUGAAUGGAGGUAGCUGCUCGGCCCAGGGUUCAUCUUACUCCUGCUUCUGCCUGCCGCAGUUCAGCGGACUCAACUGUGAGCUUGAGCACAUGGCUGUACCAGACACCUGCCUGCUGGAGAACGGAGGCUGUGACCAUUUCUGCGACGAAGGCGAGGGAGGACAUAAACUGAACUGUUCAUGUGCAGAUGGUUAUUUCCUGGAUGUUGACGAGCGGAGCUGCAAAGCAAAAGAUUCGAUAGCGUGCGGCAUGGUCCCCGUCCUGCAGGGAGCAACCAAAGCUGAGCAGCUUGACCCUCGCAUUCGGAUUGUCGGCGGGACAGAGUGUCCCAAAGGUGAAUGCCCCUGGCAGGUUCUGCUGGUGUACAAAGGAAAAGGUUUCUGUGGAGGAGUGAUUUAUAAACCGACGUGGAUCCUCACAGCGUCUCACUGCCUGGAGGACAUGGACGUUCAGUUCAUGCAAGUUAUCGCAGGCGAGCACAACAGGGAGGUGAGCGAGGGGACGGAGCAGCUCAUCCAGGUUUCUGAGAUGUUGAUGCAUGAGAACUAUGUGAAGCAAACCGCCGACAACGACAUCGCCCUCCUCCACCUGGCGUCGCCUGUCAUCUACACGCAGUACGCAGUCCCGGUGUGUCUGCCGACGCGCCCGCUGGCCGAGCGCGACCUCUGGGCCGUCAGCCUGCACACAGUUAGCGGCUGGGGGAGGAGGGGCGAGAACGGGCCCACAUCGUGCACCCUGCGGCGACUGAAAGUCCCACGGAUCCGAACACAGCAAUGCGUGAAGGACAGCGGCGUGGUGCUCACUGAGAACAUGUUCUGCGCCGGAUACAUUGAGGGUCGGCAGGACUCGUGUAAAGGCGACAGCGGCGGCCCUCUGGUGACGGAGUACAAGAACACGGUUUUCCUGCUGGGGAUCGUCAGCUGGGGGAAAGGCUGCGCCCGACCUGGCAACUACGGCAUCUACACCCGAGUGUCCAACUACCUGCAGUGGAUCCACAACCGGACGUCGGCGCCGGAGCUGCCGGCGAACAUCACCGAGGCUUCGAUUCACAACCUGACCACCUGAGA